AAACCCUAGCUUCCUGUAAAUGCCUUAAGCCUUAAACCCCCCAAUCCCAGACAAGAUCACCUCCCUGGUCUCUCUCUCUCUCUCUAUUUCUGGGUCUGUAAAUUUACACACACAGAACCAGAAAUGGUGUGGUUUCAAUGCGAGGACUGUGGAGACAAUCUCAAGAAACCCAAGUUGCCUCACCACUUCAACACCUGCUCUGCUCGCAAGCUUUCGUGUAUCGAUUGUGGUGAGAUGUUUGGGAGAGAAACUGUUCAGGGUCACACACAGUGUAUUACUGAAGCGGAAAAAUAUGGUCCUAAGGGACAAGCGAAAGCUGUGAAUGGUGGGGGAGCCAAGGCCAACAAGGAUUCGAAGCAGCAAGCCGAUUUUGAUAUAACUGUUGGGUUAUCUGAGCGCCCGCCCUGGUUUUGUAGUCUUUGCAAUACGAAUGCGACCAGUAGGCAGACACUGAUGCUCCAUGCUGAAGGAAAGAAGCACAGGGGAAAGGCUCGAGCUAUUCAUGCUGCCAAGCAAAAGGCUAUGCAGCCACAAGAAUCUGCUCCAGAUACAAAACCCCAACCUGAGGAAGCUCCAAAAGGAAUAGAAGAACCUAAAUUGCAAGAUGCAUCAGGAGUCGAUACUGUCCAUAAAAUUUCUGAAGCAGAGAAUGGAAAUUUGCUGUCAAAGAAAAAGAGAAAACUAGAAGAGUCCAAGAAUGAUGAAUCAAGAAAAAAGACUAAGGAUACUACAUCAGGGGAAGUAGGCAAUGAGAAAGUGAUUCAGAAUGGGAAAGCAGAAGCAAAUGGAAAAGAGACCAAGUUGAAGAAAGAUACAGAAGACUCCGAGAAAAAAAUUAAGUGGAAGAAGUUGAUUACAUCAACAUUAAAAUCGAAAGAUGGAGUUCUGAAGAUGAGAAAACUGAAGAAACUUGUUCUGAAUGCUAUUGCGGAAUCUGGCAUAACAGAAGAUGAAGGAAAACUGAGUACGACCUUUGAGGAUAAGGUCAAUUCAAGCUCCAGAUUUAGAGUUGAGAACAAGUAUGUUCACUUGGUGGCCAAGGAUUAAACUACAGUUGGUAGCAGAGUAACUGAGAGUUCUAGCAUGAUGUUGCAUUGCUCGCCUUCAUCUAUCACCAUUCAAAUUCAAAAUUAAAUCCAGAUGGUCGGCUGGUCCUCUUGUUGUAUGCAGAGUUAGGGAGUCUAGGAUUUGGAGGAGCUUAUGUUAUCCGAGACUUUUUUGUCUGUUCUAGUGUUCAACAAGUUUUCAGAAGAAAUGUCUCGUGUCAUUUUUGUAUUUUCUCAGAUUCAGACAUUGUGACGAUUGUCUCAUAACAGAAGUUACAGAAUAUCCAUUCUUAA